AUGUAUCACAGAAUUUUUAUUAUUAUCCCAAUCUUCGUCAUCGCCACCCUAUCCUACAGCAUUGAAGCUCGUGGAACUUUGCUGGACAAAUUGAAUUAUAUAGCCGGCCAGAGUCAAUAUGCCAACAAAAUCUAUGGACAACUUCAGAUGCCUUUCUCCCUGGAAACGGCGAUGGCUGCAAGUAUGAAAAUCGCCCUGGAGAGCUGCCAAAUGGCAUUCAAAUGGGAUCGUUGGAAUUGCCCCACAUCAGACUUUAUACGCAGACGCACUACAAAAGCUGUUCUAAUGGAUCGCGAGGAUGCAUAUGUGACUGCCAUUUCUACUGCAGCUGUUUUGUACACCAUCACCAAAGACUGUACCAGUGGCAUAAUAGCAGGAUGUGGUUCAUCAUCGGAUAAAUCCUUUGCGUCGCAGUGCUCCGACAAUCCCCAGGAGGCAGAAAAACUUUUCCGUAGUCAUGCACACAUUGACUUCUCUGAUGAUUUUUAUGGAAAACUAUCGGGACAUAACUACAGAGCCAUUACCAAUCUAAUGGAGAAAUCUCUUAACAAGCAAUGUGCUUGCGCCAUCAUGGGACCAAGGGGCAACUGUGGCAAGGAAAUAUGCCUGCAUACCCUCAAACCUUUUGAGGAAAUUGCCAAGGAUAUUCGACAAAUGUACGAUGAAGGUUUGGAGUUAAGCAAUACACCAGAAAACUCCCGCGUCAUGUGGGACAAUAUUCCGCUAGACGUUUUAGUCUACAUGAAUGAUUCGCCCAACUAUUGUGAACCGGAUGCAGUGCCUUUUUGGAAUGGCAUGCGUGGACGCCAAUGUUCAGUGGGACCCACUGGUGAGCCCCUGUCCGAAGAGGAACGCUUGAAAUGUCGCCAACUUUGCACUGAAUGCGGCUACAGUGUACGAUCCCAAAAUAUUCUAACCGAAAGUCGUUGCAAUUGCAAAUUGACAUGGGGCUUCCAAGUUCAAUGCGAAAUGUGUGUGGCCGUCCAACAGCAACAUUUUUGCUACUAA